AUGAAUGUUGUUUUUGAUGAAACACAUGUUGCCACUAAUAAAGUUUCUGCUAGUGAUGAAUUAGAAAUACCUAUUGAAGAUCUUAGUAUUAAAGAUAGGAAAGCAGUAUCAAAUGAAUCUCAGAAAGAGCCAGAAAAAUCUCUCCCUCGGGAUGGAGAUUCUCCACUCACCAUUCCUCAGGAGUUAAUAAUAGGUGAUGUAUCUUCAAGAGUUGUUUUGGGGGAUUUUAAUGCUAUUCGUAGUAGUUCGAAGAAUUUUGGUGGUUGCCCUAGCUUGAGGGAGAUAGAGGAGUUUGAUGGGGUGUUAUUGGAGGCGGAUCUNGAGGAGUUUGAUGGGGUGUUAUUGGAGGCGGAUCUGGUUAAGUUGGGUGUGAUAGGUAACUGGUUUGCCUGGACUAGUAAACUUCAGGGGAAUGGUAUCUUGCGUCGAUUGGAUCGAUGCUUGUCUAAUAAGGCGUGGAAUGUAACUUUUCCGUAUUUGGAUAUUAGGGUUGGUCAGUGGGGGAUUUCUGAUCAUAGCCCUCUUUUGGUUUCUACAUGGGAGACGAGGAGUAGGUCGCCUUCUACGUUUUGUUAUUUUUCUCAUUGGGCAAAGGUAAAGAGUUUUCUUGAUACUAUCAGGUCAGUGUGGAGAAGGUUUGAGGAUGUGUCUCAUAUGGUUAGUUUUGUGCGAAAUUUGAAGGUAGUGAAGCAGGUUUUUCGUGCAUCAUUUGGUAGGCGUAUCUUUGUGUUAGCUGAUGAGGUGUGGCCGGUUGGGCAGGUUAUGGAGGCUGCUCAGGCUGCGCUAGAAAGGGAUCCUGCUUCAGAUUCGAUGUGUGGAGGCGGCUCGGACCACCAAGGUGUUUUGGUCAACGGCGAGAUUGGAGAAGGCGUCGCUCCGACAGAAGGCCAGGAUGAGGUGGCUGAAGUUAACUACAGUAGUUUAUUUACGGUUGUGGAUGCUGGAGGGGACUUGCCAGACAGUUCUGAGGAAGGGGUGGAGGCGCUUAGUCGGCUAGUGAGUCGGGAGGAGAUUCAGAAGGCUUUAUUCUCAAUGAAGUCUGAGAAGGCUCCUGAGCCUGAUGGGUUUUUAGUGGACUUUUACAGAACAUGUUACCUGCUUGGUGGAAUUAAUUCUACUGCUAUUACUCUCAUCCCAAAUAGACGGGGAGCUGAACGUAUGGAAAUUUUUCGUCCUAUUUCAUGUUGCAAUAUUGUGUAUAAGUGUAUCUCGAGGAUCUUAGCUGAGAGAUUGCAAUUGUGGUUGCCUGGUUUCAUCAGUGGUAAUCAGUCUACAUUUGUUCCGAGUAGGUCAAUUUUUGAUAACAUUUUAUUGUGUCAGGAACUCGUGGGGAGCUAUAAGGAGGGCAGAGGUACGCUCAUUCAGUUUGUUAGUUGGGUGAGGGCUUGUGUUACUUCGCCUAAGUUCUUUAUGAUGAUUAAUGGUUCCCUCGAAGGGUUUUUUUUUUUUCCUGAUAUGAAGGAGUUGAGGCAGGGGGAUCCACUGUCUCAUUUUUUGUUUGUGAUGGUGAUUGAGGUCUUGUCUAGAUUGUUGAAUAAACCUCCUGUCUUGAUAGAGUUUACAGGGCUGUCUGGGUUAGUUGCAAAUGUUGGGAAGAGUUCCAUGUUUGUUGUGGGUGUGGAGUCUGGGGAGGCGGAGGAAUUAGCUGCGUAUACGGGUGUCUAUCUUGGUUCGUUGCCUGUUAGGUAUCUGGGUUUACCUUUAUUGUCAGGCCGGUUGAGGGCUAUGGAUUGUGUGCUUUUGAUACAGAGGAUUAUUGCUCGUAGCAGAAGCUGGGUAGCGUGGUCCCUCUCCUUUGCUGGGAGGUUGCAGUUUGUUAGGUCUAUUUUGUAG